ACAGCAGCAGCUAAAGAAGAGCGCCCGCAACGUCAUUUGAUGACGUUUCACGAGUAACGUCAGAGGAAGUUAUUCCAGUAAAUUCGCGUUAACUAACAAGUUAAAAUCAUAGAAGCUUUAUCCACUCGAACGAUAAAAACAGAGCAGUUUUUUUAAUCAAAGAGUCAACCUUUUUGCCACCAGCAUGAUGAUGAUGAUGGACGAGGACCAGCCCAGGACAUUGUAUGUCGGGAACCUCUCCAGGGACGUUACGGAGGCCCUCAUCCUGCAAGUGUUCUCCCAGAUCGGUCCCUGCAAGAGCUGUAAAAUGAUAUUUGAUACGGCUGGGAAUGACCCAUACUGCUUUGUGGAGUUCUAUGAGAACAGACAUGCUGCUGCAGCUUUGGCUGCCAUGAACGGCAGGAAGAUCUUAGGAAAGGAUAUGAAGGUUAACUGGGCCUCAAUGCCAGGCAGUCAAAAGAAAGACACAAGCAAUCAUUUCCACGUCUUUGUUGGUGACCUGAGCCCAGAAAUCUCAACAGAUGAUGUCAGAGCAGCCUUUGCUCCGUUUGGAAAGAUAUCUGACGCCCGUGUGGUGAAGGAUCUGGCCACAGGCAAAUCUAAAGGAUACGGUUUCAUCUCCUUUAUUAAUAAAUGGGAUGCAGAAAGUGCCAUUCAGCAAAUGAAUGGCCAGUGGCUGGGAGGCAGACAGAUCAGAACAAACUGGGCCACAAGGAAGCCAUCAGCUCCUAAAUCAAACAAUGAAGCUGCCAGCAGCAAACACUUGUCCUAUGAGGAGGUCCUGAACCAGUCGAGUCCAAGUAACUGCACCGUGUAUUGCGGCGGCAUUGCUUCUGGCCUUUCAGAUCAGCUGAUGAGACAGACUUUCUCUCCGUUCGGGCAGAUAAUGGAGAUCAGGGUUUUCCCGGAGAAAGGCUACUCAUUUGUGAGGUUCGACUCUCAUGAGGGUGCCGCCCAUGCCAUAGUGUCUGUAAAUGGGACCUGUAUCGAGGGCCACACUGUGAAGUGCUACUGGGGCAAAGAAACGGCUGAUAUGAGAUCCAUGCAACAGAUGCAAAUGCCCCAGAAUAAACCCACCUAUGCGGCCCAGCCUUACGGACAGUGGGGUCAGUCAUACGGAAACGGUCAGCAGAUGGGUCAGUAUAUGCCCAACGGCUGGCAGAUGCCCACUUACGGCGUCUAUGGGCAGGCCUGGAAUCAGCAGGGAUAUAAAUAAGUACAGAUGUGGCUGACUAAUCCCUCAGUCCAAUCAUUAAACCCCACUCCAGUGUGGCAUCUGCCCAAUGGGACUCACCAUUACACCAGUUCAGGGGUUGUUGAAAGGGCUGCAUUCAGCCCACUGUACAUUAUACUCAGACCAUUAACUUGGAAAGAAUCCUGUCUUUUGUCUUUUUUUUUUGUUUGUUUUUAGGCCCCAGGAUUUUUUUGUUGUCAGAUUUUCUUUUAAAAAGUACUGCAUUUCGGGGACUUUAAUUGUCUAGUUUUGCAACAGAUGGAAUGUCUUUUCAAUGUGUUGAAUCUGCAGGCUCAAUUUAGCUCACACCUCGAACGGUGUAGAAAGUUUGAGGUCUAAUAUACUGCACUCUUUGUAUGGAGUUCUUGUCUCUAAAACUGAUUUGUUCACAAAUAUCUUUCAUCUUUUUGUCAGUAUGACUAUGCUUUACAUUUUAUUUUGAGAAAGGUUUCAAAAAUUGAGACGUGUGAUCGUGUUAACGCCUAGUGAUAAAGGUAUUUUGCAUAUAGAGGGGAGAUUAUUCUGUGGCCUUGAGUACUUGAGGUUUCAGGAACUUCAUGAUAAAGUUUUGGACAAUUACUAAAGCUUUUAACAAGUUGUAUUAACACAGAGGUGCAGAAAACAUGCUUCCUAUUUUGUUCAAUUUAAACGUUAGUCUAUUCAUUUUGUAACAUGGAAUUGUUGGCUCAAUUUUUAAAACUUUUUUUUUCAUGUUUUUACAAAAUCAUGUUUGCUCGGAUCAGUUGAGGGUGUGACAGCACCGCAGCUAAUCAGCGGUAAUAGCAGUGCUGUAGCAUCUUUGUAAAGAUUUUUGUAAUUCUGUGUAAAAUGAGGUUGUGAAUUAUUUCUUUAAAUCUUGUAAAUUCAGGGUUUGUUGAACAUCUGUAAUGUAACGUUGCAUGGACAUUCUGAGCUCUGUUCUUGUUACAAUCUCUUGUAAAAUCCAUAAAAACGUGUUCAUUAGAGUUACUGAGAUGCAAUUUUUCUAUGUUCCUCCCAUUCUUCUUCCCCAAGAGUCACUGUUGAAUUUACAAGCCAAAGACAAUGACAAAAAUGAAUCGAGAUCUUGCAUGCUUCCACCUUGCUGUAUUGAGAUGGUGAUUGUAAUGUCAGUGUUUGAUGUAUUUUGGAAAGGUGAAGAAAUGCAAGAUACUCCUGGGUUUCAGCCACACGUUCUCGAGUUGCUCACACGGCCAAAUUCUUUAUCGGACACUGUUUUUUUUUCUCUUACCAUCAUUCAUUCUUUUUUCUUACUGGGCCCCAACACUGAGUCAUGAUUAAGUAGAUCAAAUUGAAAGUAAUGAGCAACUGUCCUUUUUUUUUUCUCCUCUCUUCUUCUGUGUCAUGUAAAUUUAUCGACAUAGUUAUUUAAUGUAUCUUUUUUCUAUCUAACUGGGAUUUUUUUUUUUUUUUUGUAAAAGCUAGAGAAGUUUACUGUUAUUUUGAAACACCCCGAUUAUAUGCUUCCAUCUAAUGUUGUUCCAUUUACUAUAUUCCAUGUGUAAAAACACUUAAUAAUAACCAUUCAGAACUA